GUUCAACUUGUCUUUGACCAACAUCCUCGUUUCUAAAUUUCUGAAAGGCCUAAUAUUAUUCAAAACUUCAACGAUGGUCACAUAUUCCGCGUUGUUUUCUUCUGGCCUUCUUGCGCCUUACCAUACUAGAACAACUACUCCUGUACCACCUUCCUCGCCGAUGCCGAUGCCAUCCAGUCCUAUGCACCCUGUCGAUCGCGAUCUGAGCGUGACACCCACACCUGGUAGCAACUCAAACAAUGCUGCCGCAGUACCCACUGCGAAUGCAGACCGUCCUCGCAUGCGCAGGCGUCGCAGUAGCAUCAACAUUGCCGCGAACCCAAUGGCUCUUAUCAAGUCCCCAACGCGAAAUGUCGGCAGCGCACUUCAGCGCACCGGUGUCAUGUCUCCCACUCGAGGUCGUGCAGGCAGCAUCGCUGAGAACGCUUCAGAUUGUAAUAGUCUUUUUGGAAGACUUAGAAGUGGCAGUCUGAAUGCAGGCGCUCCAUUACGCCUACGUCGUGCAGUCAAGCGAACUGUCCCACUCGCUCCACCUCCCACUGCCCCACUCCCCGCACUCCCACCGCCAUCUCCAUCUGCGAAAUAUACGCGUACUCUCGCGCCUCCUGCAAUCAUCAUACCUGUUCCUCGCCAACCCCUCAUGAAUUAUUUCGCAUCCGGUCCCAACACUGCUGGACUACUCAGUCCUGAUUCUGUGAUGCAGUUCACAUCCAAUAUGUCACCUGGUAUCUCCUCCAGCCCUGCUCACACGUGUUAUUUUGGACACACCAUCGAUGAGGAGAUGAAAGAAAACUGAACGCCCUCUAAUGAGCGCUGCCUUUUUGGACCUUGCUGCGCCUGGUUGCGCAUUUGCUCUCAUGCAUAAAUAUCCACCUUACUUAUUUACUGUUCCAGAAUAAUUCCCUGCUGCAUUUGUCAUCAACAUUCCACUCAUAUCCAUCCAGUAUUACACCAGAUCUCUAUGUCACUGUGUUUCUGCAUCUUUUAAGCUUUCUCCGCUACUGCUCUUGCUCUUUAAAAAUGGCUAUGCCCGUUCUCGACAUUCAGUCUAUGUUUCUUUCUGAGAUUUAUUUUACGGCAUUGUAGUAUCUUGACAUGUGGAAUAGAAACUUAUUUCUACCGC